AUGUGUUCGGCUUGGGUGCAAUUGAGUUACAAAAGAAGCCGUUUCUAUCAUUUCCUCGUUGCUAGAUCAUCCCGACCGAAACGCCAUUCUUUGAGACGCGUCAGUGGUCGAAGAGGCGACUCCGCAAGGCAGCAACGAGAUCGCGAAUACAAGGAUGCGCUUUGGGACUUUGGUGGUCAUCGUUAUCGGAUCAUAACGCUGGGGGGGCUUUCUAGAACUCUCAUGUCGUUUCUAGCAUUGGUGAGCGGCACUGCAAUGAACGAACUAAGUAUGCCAUUGCGGCAGCGAGGUUGCAGCUCGAGGGUCUGGCUCGCUUUCUGGCCGUCAGCACCAUAG